GUCCUUAUUCAUUGCCUUGAAAUCCUCUUCUCCAUUUGACCAAACCUUGGCUCUUGCUUUUCUUUGAGUUAUCUCUUUUGUAGAAAUUAAAGAAUUCUUAGGAAAAGAUUAAGGAUGUUGGACAAGGGAGUUGCUCUGUCUUUGACUUCAUUGAAUCACAUAUCACUUGUGUGUAGAUCAGUGGAGGAAUCACUUGAUUUCUAUCAAAAUGUUCUUGGUUUCUUCCCAAUCAGGAGGCCUGGUUCUUUUGAUUUUGAUGGUGCAUGGCUUUUCAACUAUGGAAUUGGCAUCCAUUUGUUGCAAUCUGAAAAUCCAGAGACCAUGCCAGAGAAAACAGAGAUCAAUCCUAAAGAUAAUCAUGUUUCCUUUCAGUGUGAAAGCAUGGCAGCAGUGGAAAAUAAACUGAAGGAAAUGGAGAUCCACUACAUACAGAGGAGAGUGGAAGAAGGUGGUAUAUUUGUAGAUCAACUAUUUUUCCAUGAUCCAGAUGGUUUCAUGAUUGAAAUUUGCAACUGUGACAACCUACCUGUGAUUCCUCUUGCUGGUGACACAGUCAGGGUGUGCAAAACAGUCAGUUUACAGCAGAAACAACACCACCAACAGCAACAGAAGCCACAAUGUCAUCCUGCUUCCAUUCAGAUCAUGGAUGUAGUUUAAUUAAUUCAUCUUUUAUGUUCCUGUUCCUGUUCCUGUUCCUCUUCCUCUUCCUCUUCUUGUGUGCUUUCUUCUGGGGUGGUUGUUGUUGUUGUUCUUGUUGUUUGGUCAUUUGAUGAUGAUGAUGAUGAUGUGAUAUAAUGUACUACUUUCUUUUGCUUGGAAUAAAGGUGGUGGAGAAGUGAAAGCUUCUUACUCUGUUUUCUUGUGA